CGAGAUGCAUGGCUGGUGUGGCAUAACCUUUUGUCGCAGCUUUCGAGGUUCCGCGUGUUUCGAUGGCAGCGUUGCAGUUUCGGAACAGCUUCAUUGCCGCGCCUGGCUUCGUUUUGUGCAAGGGGAUGGACGGUACACUAGGUGUGGCCCCUCGCUACGCGGACGACACAAAAUUUGCUUCAUGGCUCGUUUCGCAAUAAUUUGCGGCAACAACCCUUCGCAGACUUCGUGGGAGGGGAACGCUUCCAGCGAAGCGCGCCCGCGUCGUGCACGUUCCGAACCUCCGCGCAGGGCGCCUCUCGCGGAUGAUGUUUUGUCGGAGAAGAUGCAGGAGAUGCACCUCACCCAGUGGCUGCAGCAGGGUUACAUGGCUGUUUUGCAAGAACGCUCCCAGCAGAUUCAGCAGAUUAAUCAGAACUUGGGUGACGGCGUGGACGCAGCCUCCACCGUGGAUUGCGAGAGCCAAGAGGAGGAAGAAGAGGACUCAACAUUGUCUGAAGGCUGAGGCGACACGUCACGUGACGGCGUUUUUUGAGACACCACAGGUGGCUUCAGGUGGAACAUCAACCGGGGUCGCUCAACAGGU